UGUUCUUUACUCAUGUGGGAAGUCCACGCGGGUGGUUUUUGGUCUGUUUUCACCCUGUUGUAUAUUGUUUAAUGCGACAUACUAUAUAGGAACUACUGUGAUAUUCGGAUUAUUCGAUUAAACAUUGCUUUUAUAACUCGUCGGCAGAAUGGUCCGAGCAAGAAGGGCAGUAAAAAAGCCUAGAACAAAGAAGCAACAAGAAUACGACAGUGAUGAUCCUGAAGCUUAUAAAAAUGAAGCCAUUCCUGAUAAGAAAUCUUCAUCGUAUGUGGAAGAUAAAGUAGAUGAAUUCCACAAUGAAAAAAUCUCAAAACUCUUAGCCCGAGGAGUUCCAGAAAUCAGCGAUGAAGAAGAUGAAGAUAAAGCGGAGGAGGUCAUGCCCUUGACACUUUCUGAGUCAGAUGAAGAUGAUGACGAAGAAGAAAAAGAAGAGGAGGAGGAGGAUGAAGGGACAGACAUGGAGAGUGAUCUGGAAGGAAAGAAAGAUGAUGAUCUCCCGAAUGACUUGGCUUGGGGAAACAAAAAGAAGAUUUUCUAUGAUACGGAUUAUGUUACAAAAAAGGGCAAAUCUCUUGAAGAAAUUGAAGCAGAAGACAAAGAAGAGGAAAAGGAGGCCACAAAAAUCCAAAAGAGAUUAGCAGCAAAACUGAGCGAGGAAGACUAUGAUUUAAAUCUGCUUGAGGAGUUUGUUGUGGAUGCUGAAGUGGAGAAGGAGGUGGAAAAAGAGGAAAGGAUUUUGAAAGAUUUAAAAACCUUGUCACAAAAGGAAAAGCUUAAAUUGCUGAAGAAAGAAUCGCCAGAGUUGUUGGAACUCAUUCAGGAUUUUAAAGCAAAGCUUACCGAAUUGAGGGAUGAAGUUCAGCCACUUGUGAAGAUGGUCAAGAAUGGACAGAUUCCUCCUGGAAAGGGUGCCGAUUACAUCAUUACAAAACAACAACUUUAUCUCAACUACUGCACAAACAUUAGUUUUUAUUUGGUUCUGAAAGCUAAGCGAAUUCCUGCACAUAACCAUCCUGUGAUUGAAAGAUUGCUAACCUAUAGAAAUCUGAUAAAUGAACUAGGAGCAGUAGAUGCUAGAUUGGCUCCUCAACUGCGUCAGCUUCUCUCUGAAGAAAAGCCAGACAGACCGGCAAAGAGGUUACCAGGCAGCAAACAUACCAAAUUAUCAGAAAAGGCUGGAUUGGAAGAAGCCGAACAGUCGGAAUCAGAUGAGGAAGCAAAUCUGCGCUUUUAUAACGCCAUGGCGGAGAAACAGAAACUCAAGAGGAAGAAGAGUGAGAUGCAGAACGAGGACAAAUUGGAGGAGAAUGAAGAGAUGGAGGGAGAUGCUAAAAGAAGGAUCACAUAUGAGAUGUCCAAGAACAAAGGCCUCACACCCAAGAGGAAGAAGAUUGACCGCAAUCCAAGAGUCAAGCACAGAGAGAAAUUCAGACGUGCUCAGAUUCGCCGCAAGGGUCAGGUUCGUGAGGUGCGGCGUGAGGAGGCGCGAUACAGUGGAGAAUGGUCUGGUAUUCGUGCUGGAGUUAAAAGAAGUGUCAAACUCAAGUGAUGAAUCUACAUAUGAUGUUCAUAAAAGCUUGAAUGUGCUAUUAAAACUGAAAUUUCUAGUGUUUCUGCAAAAA